GAAACAUGGGGGGCUGCGAGACGCUGGAGGGACCGCGUACCGCCGACAGGGGAGAAUAUAAAAAGUGCUUCCCAUCGGCGACAGGGCAGACUGCAGAUCCCCCUGAGAGUGCUCGCACCUAAGCUGAUCCAGCGCUGCUAAGAGCUGUCCUCGCUGUGAACAUUACAGCGGCAGCUGGAGAGUUCAGGGAGCGCAGCCAUACAGGGCAGCGAGAAGGUGGAGCGGGGAUCCGGAGUAGGAGACCGAGUGGCCGUUGUGUCAGCUCACAUACUCCCAGACACCCCAGUGUUGGCGGAGGAGGUUGCGCCGUUGAAGUACCUUUGCUCCCGCUGUAAACAUCCGGGCGGGUAGCGCUGGCGGCUGGAGGCAGAGACACCGUAGAGAGCCCCGGGCGCCCAUAACAACGGAGGCGGCGGAACAAGAGAAUGUAUGCCCCGCCUCCACCCAUCUAGCCAGGGAGCUGAUACUCUGGAGGGCCCCAGUGGCACCCUCCCUCCCUUGCCAGUGACAGGCCUCCAGGCGUACCUGGGAACAUUGCGCCCUCCGGCUCCCACCUCCACCACCACCACCACCACCACCACCGCCACCACUCCACCUUCCAGCAUUCCCGGAACCUCAAUAAUGACAGGCCUCCAGGCGGAUCAGGGCCCACCGUGCCCUCCAGGACCCGCCACCAUCUGUCCACCCAUCCUUCACUGGAGAGGCAAGCACAGCCCUCCCCAUAUUCAGCAGGAGGAAGCAGGGCCAAGCAGCCCUUCAGGCCCCAGCAUGGACAGCUACGAGUGCUGGAGCAGCCCUGAGCCCCUGGAGCCAACUGUAUACUACGAAUCCUUCUCCUCCGAUGAGGAGGUGACAGCAGCACUGCCUCCUGUAUGCACCAGGCCUCUCCCAGGCUUGCAUUCCCCCAUACUACCAGAGGAGGAAUCUAAGGAUGGGGAGUGGCCUGAGACUCCUCCACUACCAUAUUGUGGAGAAGAGCCAGGCCACCAUCACUUGGAACAGCUACCAUGACGACACGGUGAUCAACCAGGAGUCAAGACCCAUAGCACGGAAAGCAGGUCUCUAGGAGGGCGAGGGCCAAACAUGGUCUCCAGGACCCCCCAGCACUCCUGCUACUACCACCACCCGACCACCCACCCACCCACUUCAUGAUGCCAGCACAUCUCUACCAUCAAUAAUCUCACCACAGCCAGAAUCCGGCAAUCCACCUCCUCCCGAACUCCGAAGACUAAUGUCACUGGCAAACACCCUGUUUGACUACAUUUAUCGUUCUUUGUAAAAAAAUAUUUAUUAUUACUGUACAGUAUUAGUUGUUGUUCAUUUAGUGUAUUACAGUACAUCUUUAUCCCAGACAAAA